AUGUCUCCGUACAAUCCGCUUGCUGUCGCCUUCCCGACGCCGUCAAUUCGCCUUCCGGCCGUCCGCACUUCCCCUUCCCGUCGCCCCCACUACCUCGUCCAGUCGCCCGCACCUUCACUUCCCCGUCGCGUCGCCCUCACUUCCCCGUCGCGUCGCCCUCACUUCCCCGUCGCGUCGCCCUCACUUCCCCGUUGCGUCGCCCUCACUUCCCCGUCGCGUCGCCCUCACUUCCCCGUCGCGUCGCCCUCACUUCCCCGUUUCGUCGCCCUCAUUUCCCCGUCGCGUCGCCCUCACUUCCCCGUCGCGUCGCCCUCACUUCCCCGUCGCGUCGCCCUCACUUCCCCGUCGCGUCGCCCUCACUUCCCCGUCGCGUCGCCCUCACUUCCACGUCGCGUCGCCCUCACUUCCCCGUUGCGUCGCCCUCACUUCCCCGUUUCGUCGCCCUCACUUCCCCGUCGCGUCGCCCUCACUUCCCCGUUUCGUCGCCCUCACUUCCCCGUCGCGUCGCCCUCACUUCCGCCUUCCCAUCUCCCUCACUUCCCCUUCCCGUCCGUUCAACUCCACAUUCCCCUCGUCCACAAAUCACCUAUCCUGAGCCCUCACUUUCCGUUCCCAAAGCCCGUUUCCCCCCUGCCUCCCAUCCGUUUCCCACCUGCCUCCAUUCACUUUCCCCCCUGCCUUCCUUCAGUUUCCCCCCUUCCUCCCAUCCGUUUCCCACCUGCCUCCAUUCACUUUCUCCCCCCUGCCUUCCUUCAGUUUCCUCCCUUCCUCCCUUCAGUUUCCCCCCUUCCUCCCAUCCGUUUCCCCCUUUCCUCCCAUCCGAUUCCCCCUUUCCUCCCAUCCGUUUCCCCCCUUCCUCCAUUCACUUCUCCCCCCUUCCUCCUUUCCGUUUCCCCCCUUCCUCCCUUCAGUUUCCCCCCUUCCUCCCAUCCGUUUCCCCCCUGCCUCCCUCCGAUCUCCCCCCUUCAUUGCCCUCACUUCUGUCUCCCGCCGUAUACUUUUCCUUCACACACUGCUGUUUCCUGGAGACCAUACAAUCCCCCUUCACUAACCCGAUUUCUCCCCUGCUCGGCUCACUCUUUCCCCCUCCCCGAUUUCUUUCCUGCUCUGCUCAUUCUUUCUCCCUUCACUGACCCAAAUGCUCCCCUGUUCCCCCCUUCUCCCUCUCUUUUCCCUUUUUCUCACCCAUCUUCCCCUCCGCCUUACUCUCUUUCCCCUUUGUGCAACCCCUUCCCCCCACUCGCUCUCUUUCCCACUCAUUCGCUUUCCCAUUUCACUCCCACCGCCCCCCCCAUUCUACCCCCUGUUCUCACCCCUCUUGUCGCCCUGCUUACAUUCCCCUUUGCCCAUCCCUUAGCGCUGUCGCUUCCCAUGCCCUUCUGUACGCUUCACCUGUCACUACUGCCGUCACAUCUCCCCCCCGAUUUCCUUUCGGACCGCUCAUGUUCGCCUGGUUCAGUGGCCCAAACGACUUAG